AUGAAGACGGAAAUGAAGACGGCAUGGACCUUUCAACAAGUCUUCGAGAAUCGACCGAAAAGCAAAAAAUUGACAAUCGAUUUCAUACAUUCUACCUCGUGGUGUGCGAUUUCGGUGUCUGCCGUGAUUAACUCUACAAUUCCUUUAAUGGUCGAGAACUAUACUUCUUAUAUUAAAUCAAUUAAUAUAAUGCAAGAGGACUUUAUCGCAGAGAGAGCCGACCACUUGAUUCUCCAGAACAACCUCGUAUACAUAGAAAUUCUCCAAAGGUACCAGAUUCUUCUCAUCUUCAGUGCUUAUGCUAAUCAAACCAUACAGAUUGCAAAGCUCCCAUCCUGUUGA